AUGCGCCUCACCAGUAUCGCCGUCUUCUUGCAAAGCGCGAGCUUCUUCGUUUCAACAUUCGCUGCCUUCAUUACGGGCCAUAUAGAGGAGGGAAGGAAAGGAUUUAAUUGCGACGGUCGCAAAAUCUAUUACAAUGAAUACAAUCAAGCAGAAUAA